AUGGCCGCCGUUUUCUACACGACAAUAUACUUCGUAAAAGAUCGCAUUUCAUCGGUCGUGUCUUGGACCUUUUUUGACGGCACAGAAGAUGCGAUUACUACAAGCGAUCUCUUUCCUGGAAAACUUCGUGCAAUCUCGGACCCUUUGGCUCAGACACGAUUAUUAUCACGAGCAAUAGUGACCAUACACGUCAAAAAUGACACGACCCACAUUCUGGACCUUCUGGAUUCGCUCGGAACGCCCUACUCAUCAUCACUGCAAAUGUCGCGUUUCGAUGUACACUGGGUCGUUGACCUCUUUGAUCGCCAGUUCAAUACCUAUCAAAAACACCAAAUCCGUCAUGACGUAAUUGAGAGAAGGGCGCUCCCUGCAUCUGAAUACUGUACAUCUCGUAACGAAGGAAAUAUCCGCAAGGAGCGCAAGCUCAACAAAAAGUUAUAUAGCGACUUCAAGGAGGAAACGUGUUUGAAAACUGACAUUGGUAAUACUAAUCUGGAGGUGUGGACCAUUUUUUGGACGCAGCCAGAUAUAGAGGAACUGUACAGUGACAUUGCUGAUGUCGUCGUAAGCUCCUCUUCGCAGCACGUCCCGAUGACUCAGACGACCUUACAUUACUUCAAGGAACUUCUACCAGGUGGAAGAUACAGUUUUGUUGUUUGUGUCUACAGUCAUCGUCCACACGUUGGCGCAUGGGACAAAGAACUCGUCGAUGGUCUUCCUUCGAUCGUGAAAUGGAUCGCCUCAUUGGGUUCCAUGGUCGACGUUCAGGCUGCUCUAGUGAAUACAGGGUGUCUAACUCAAGUGACGCCUCAUAGAAAAAAAAGUCUCUCCAAUACACUUUUAUGCAUGGAUGAUGUGACGGCAACGACGGGUUUAUACGUAAUCAUUGCCGCGAUGCCUCAGUUUUCCGCCGCUGAGCGUUUUUUGCUUGACCUCGAGUGA